CUUUCGACAUCCCAAAUGAGGAGACUUUCAGUCAACCCUCUUGGCCUUGAAUAUGCUUUCCCACGAUGACCACAAGAAAACCAAUAUCACUUUCAUCUCACCUAUCAGUGCCCACCAACAACUAACAACAACCCAACAAUUUAUUAAGUCAAGAGGUGUUUUUGGCUUUGCCAUUUUCAGGCCUCACUCACAAUCGCAUGGCUUCUUCUUCUGGGAUUAUUGCCACCCUUUUUCUUGUUCUUGCUCUACACAGUUCUUGGGUCCUUCUCUCUUUUGCUUCCCGAAAUGUUUACAUUGUUUAUAUGGGAGAAAGACAGCAUGAAGAACCUGACCUGGUUUCUGAGUCUCACCAUGAGAUUCUGUCAAAUGUGUUUGGAAGCAAAGAAGCCGCGAAGCAAUCAAUUCUGUACAGCUACAAGCAUGGAUUUUCAGGGUUCGCUGCUGUCCUAACUCAAUCUCAAGCCAAGCUUAUUGCAGAUAUCCCUGGCGUUGUUCAUGUCAUCCCAAACAGAGUUCUUAAUUUGCAUACGACUAGAAGUUGGAAUUUUCUGCAAGUAAACUCUCAUAUUAGCAAUGGAAUUCUUUCAAGGAGUCAAUCGGGCGCUGGGUCUAUUAUUGGAAUCAUGGACACUGGAAUUUGGCCCGAGUCUGUAAGCUUCAGAGAUGAUGGUAUGGGAGACGUCCCAUCUCGUUGGAGAGGAAUAUGUCAAGAAGGAGAAAAGUUUAAUCGCUCCCACUGUAACAGGAAAAUAAUUGGUGCACGGUGGUAUAUUAAAGGAUAUGAAGCUGAAUUCGGAAAUCUAAAUACAAGUGAUGGAUUUGAAUUUCGGUCUCCCCGAGAUGCUGGAGGACAUGGUACUCAUACAGCAUCUACUGCAGCUGGUGCUUCAAUAGAAAAUGCAAGCUUUAUGGGAUUAGCUGCAGGAUUGGCAAGAGGAGGUGCUCCAUCAGCUAGGUUAGCUGUUUACAAAGUUUGUUGGGCUACUGGCGGCUGCAGCUCAGCAGACCUACUAGCUGCAUUUGAUGAUGCAAUCUUUGAUGGUGUAGAUGUGCUGUCGGCAUCUCUUGGUUCUCCACCUCCACUUCCUUCUUAUGUUGAGGAUGUUGUGUCCAUUGGUUCUUUCCAUGCUGUAGCUAAAGGAAUCUCUGUUAUAUGCUCUGCUGGAAAUUCUGGUUCAUACCCUCAAACUGUCAUAAAUUCUGCUCCCUGGAUUUUCACUGUUGCAGCGAGCACUAUUGAUCGGGCUUUUCCUACUGUGAUUACCCUGGGAAACAAUCAAACUGUUGUGGGUCAGGCUUUGUAUACAGGGAUGGAUACGAACAAGUUCUAUCCUCUUGUGUAUGGAGGAGACAUUGCCUCUAUUGACGCAGAUGAAGGCAGUGCCGGGAACUGUGACUCAGGAACUCUAAAUGAUACUUUAGCAAGUGGAAAGGUGAUUCUUUGUUUCCAAUCUCGAACACAGAGGUUAGCUAUUACUGCAAUCAGAACAGUGAUGAAGGUUAGGGGUGCUGGUCUCAUUUUUGCUCAGUUUCCUAGCAAGGAUGUUUCUUUGACCUCAGGUAGUCUACCAUGUGUCCAAGUUGACUUUGCAAUUGGCACAUAUCUGCUAACUUACAUGGGAGCAACCAGAAAUCCCGUAGUCAAGUUCAAUCCAACGAAAACACAAGUGGGACAACAAAUAUCUCCAGAAGUGGCAUUCUUCUCUUCCCGAGGACCCAAUUCUCUCUCUCCUUCCAUAUUGAAGCCUGAUAUUACUGCUCCUGGUGUUAAUAUUUUAGCAUCCUGGUCUCCUGCUCGUUCCCUAUCCCAAUCUCCAGAUACCUUCCAAAUUGAAUCAGGAACUUCCAUGUCUUGUCCCCACAUAUCUGGUAUUGUUGCUCUGCUUAAAGCUAUCUAUCCAACAUGGAGUCCUGCUGCAAUAAAAUCUGCCCUGGUUACAACAGCUUCUCUAGACGAUGAAUAUGCUCAAAGCAUUGUGGCUGAGGGAGCUCCUCACAAGCAGGCUGAUCCAUUUGAUUAUGGUGGCGGUCAUGUAGAUCCUAACAAAGCCAUAUCCCCAGGUCUCAUAUAUGAUAUAGAAUCCUCGGAUUACAUCCAUUUUCUUUGCUCCAUGGGCUAUAACAACACAGCCAUCAGCUUAGUGGCUGGGACUAAAAUCACAUGCCAAAAAUCGACCAAAUUCAUUGUAAAUCUUAACCUGCCUUCCAUCACCAUUCACGAGCUGAAGCAGAGUAUGACAAUAUCAAGAAGGGUCACAAAUGUCGGUCCGGUUAAUUCUGUCUACUUUGCUCGUGUUCAAGCACCAGCCGGUGUGUCUGUGAAAGUUAAGCCAUCAGUUUUGUCAUUCAAUUCUACUGUAAAGAAGCUGGAGUUCAAAGUUAUCUUUUGUUCCCUACUAAGAGUUCAAGGAAGAUUCUCUUUCGGAAAUCUGUUCUGGGAAGAUGGUUUGCAUGUAGUGAGAAUACCACUCGUAGUUCGAACUGUCCUUGAUGAUCUUUAUGCAGUCACAUGAUGAAUUUCCAUUUUAGUUUAAAUAUGUGAUCUAGACCAUGCAUAAUUGUAAUUUUAAAUGUAUCCCUAUGAAUCAAUGGUUUAUGGUUGUAACUUAUGUAUCGCCUGUUGCUGCAUUCCUCUAAA